AUGGACUUGGCUAGAAUUAGUGAGGCGGUGAACUUCAGGCAUGCUUUAGACAUCUAUCUGAAGGCUUCUGGCCAGUGUAUUAACGAUGAUAAAUCUUCCAUUUACUUCUUUAAUACACCUCAGCUUAUUCAGAGUAGGAUUGUUAGGAUCCUUAGGUUUCAGAUUGGUUCUCUUCCCUUGAUGUACCUUGGGAUCCCUUUGGCUUUGGGAGCCCAGCGGAGAGAGUAUUGGCAGGGAAUUUUGGAUAAAUUUCGGAGUAAGGUUAGCCAUUGGACUUACAGAUGGCUAUCUUCUGCUGGGAGAGUGAUUCUUCUUAAGACUGUGGUGCAGUCUCUCCCCAUUUAUAGGUGUUGUGUGCAAGUUCCCCCAUCCACCUUUGUGCGGGAAUUUGAUGCUUUGUCUUGGCAAUUUCUUUGGUCUGGCAACCUUCUUUCCUUGAAGUGGAGCUUAGUCAAGUGGGAGUCUGUUUGCAGGCCGAAGCAUGCUGGGGGCCUCGGUCUUAGGUCUAUGGCUCUUGCUAUCACGGCCUUGGCUGCCAAGUUGUACUGGAGGUGGUGCAACAAUCAAGAUCAAGAUUGGGCUAAGAUUCUGACCCACAAGUAUCUUCCUGGUGCUGAUUGCCUCGAUGUGUCGCGUCAUCCUUUGCAGGGUAAAGGUUCUUGUAUUUGGGAUACCCUUAAGAAGGGUGCUCAACUAAUUAAGGAGGUGGUGGCUUGCUGGAAGGACCCACAGGAGUGGCCCUUGGGUGGUUCUGAUGAGGAUCGUGCUAUUCUCUCUAGAGUUUUGGAGACUAGGCUCUGUAGCUCCCUUAAUGGGAGGGAUGUUCUGGCUUGGAAUCCUAGUCCAAAAGGUAAAUUUACGGUUGCCCAAGGCUAUGCUAUGCUGGACAGGAACUUACAUGGUCCGGCUGAGGUGCACUGGUGGAAGAAGAAGAUUCUCAUCAGGCUUCAGGAGACUAUUUCGGCUAAGUGUGACAUGCCUGAAAAUCUUGAUCCAAGUGAUCUUGAUAUUGUGCGGAAUGUGAGCUUGGGGGAUAGUAGCAGGAGAUGCUUUGCUAGCAGAAGACCCCAUCUGGUUCAUCAACGGGUCUAUCGUGAUGGGAGGUGGAUGCCUCCCCCGGUGGGGGUCCUUAAGAUUAAUACUGAUGGUUCUUCUCGUGGGAACCCUAGUCAUGCUGGUGUGGGGGGUAUUGGUAGAGGUAAUGAUGGUGGUGUGGCGUUGGAUGAUGUUAGUUGGCAAUUGGCUUCUGUGGGCAGACAGAUUUUGAGUCUUUGCAGUGCCUUGGAUUUUGUCUCCUUUUGUCAUAUCCCUAGAGAGUGGAACAAAGUGGCCGAUUGUUUGGCGAAGUGGGCCUCCGAGAAUGUGGAUGGUUGGGAUAUUAGUGGAAAGGAUGAGCUUCCUUCUAAUUAUCUUGGGACCCUGGAGAGGUUAUUAGUGGAGGACAUGAAUAGGUAG